AUGGCCGUCGUCGAAAAGCGCGUUAGGCAUCCUGGUGAUAUCCGAAAGUUUGCAACCGAUCUCUUCGUCGGAGGUACGUCAGCGGCCGUUUCCAAGACCGUCGUAGCCCCGAUCGAACGGGUAAAGCUUCUGCUACAGGUACAAUACUCGCAUAAGGACAUCUCAUCGAAGCAGCGAUAUAACGGUAUCAUUGAUGCAUUUGUUCGCCUGCCCAAGGAGCAAGGUUUCGCCUCAUUUUGGCGAGGUAAUACGACCAAUGUUAUGAGGUACUUCCCCACACAAGCUCUCAAUUUUGCCUUCAACGAUUUCUACAGAUCCCUAUUUCACAAAGGAAUCGACAAAAGGGACUUUUGGCGACACACGUCAUGGAGUCUACUAGCAGGCGGGUGUGCCGGAUCGACGACCCUCUGCUUUGUCUAUCCACUCGAUUUUAUUAGAACUCGAUUGAGCGUCGAUGUUGGCAGAAGUUUAGAAACACGAGCUUAUAAGGGCUUUCGGGAUUGUCUCAGCCAAACCGUCAAGCAGGAUGGAGUGGCCGGGCUCUAUCGAGGCUUCUUUAUUUCGAUACAAACGUAUUUCCUACAUAGGGCCGCAUAUUUUGGUAUGUAUGAUGCGAUUCGCAACCUGACGCACACCAACCCAAAAGAAAUCCACUUCUUCUCAUCGUUUUUGAUAGCUCAGGGAGUUUCGAUUUGUUCUGCCUACUUGACGUAUCCUUGGGAUACGGUCAGAAGAAGGAUGAUGAUCAAGGGAGAAUUAAGCUCCAAGCAUGCCUUCGAGAGCGCCAGGCUCAUCAUUGCCCACGAAGGUGUCAAAGGGCUCUUCAAGGGCGGCCUGGCGAAUGUAUUCAGGACCAGCGGCGGCGCGCUUGUAAUGGCCAUCUACCACGAGAUUCAGAAGCACCUU